AUGACUGUCUUCAAUUCCGCUUUGACCAUUCAAAAAUCAGAGAAAGUGCUGUCUAUUGCCUGCACUGUUGCUGCCAUUUAUCUAACUCUCGGCUGUGUUGAAAAACUUUUCGAAGGCAAUACUAAGUUAUCCGAUGAGUUUGAGCUUAUACCUUCGCCGCCAGGUGCUCAUCGAAGUUCUGGGCAUGCUCAUCAACUUGGUAGAAACCAUGCUCACACUAUUACAAACUGGCAGCAAGAGUUUGGCAGCAUUAUCCGUUUGAAGUUGAAUUCAAAAGAUUAUAUUUUUCUCAGUGAUACAGCUGCGGUAAAAGAUCUCUUUGAACAACAAAAGUUUUCGCAAACAAAAGAGAGGGACACCGUUGUCUCCGCUAGUGACGAUAAAUGGGAAAAAAUACGGAAACUUUAUAAUGCUGACCCUCUCUUCGGAAUCGAUGACAUUUUAAAAAACGAAGCAGACCAAUGUAUCAACAAACUCAUUGAAGGGACGGAGAGAAUGAAAAACGUGGUUCCAUUAUGUUUUACGCGUUUGUAUGCAAUCAAUGUCAUUCUUACUUCCAAGCUUGGCAUUCCUGGUGUAACAACUAUAAAGGAUCCUUUGUAUAAAGAAAUUGUCAAGACUGUUGUAACAAACUUACAACCUUUUUGGGAGACUCAAAAGACCCAUAGUGAUUCACAUACUUUUUGUUCGUUUUUGAAAACAGCAUUUGAGAAAAAGCAAGACUCAAAGCAGCUGUACGAAAGUAAUGCUACAACGCUUAGUGGUCGCUUAAUCAGUGCUGCUCGUAGAAGUCAACAGGACAAUUUCAUUCGAAGGCUAGAUACUUAUAAACUAAAAGUCAGUAUCGCAGAAAGUGACAUACAGAUGUUUCUGAAUAGAAUCAUGACACAUGGUGUUGAAAAUAUUGCAGUUGCUAUCUCCUGGACUUACGCUAUCUUAUGCUGUCAUCCAGAAGUGCAGACAAGGGUUGCUCUGGAAAUCGAUUGCUUUUGCAUAAAGCACAAUCGUCUUCCAAACUUUGAGGACCAAAGGGAAUUACCGUACUAUGUCGCUUUUCAGAAAGAAUGUAUGCGGUUUCGUCCACCAGAAUAUUUUACUGAACCGCGUCAAGCCUCCACAAAUUUCAUCUACAAGAACUAUAUUAUCUCAAAAGGCACGACCAUCGUUGUCAAUAUUCAUGCAAUGCAUAACAAUGAAAGAAUCUUUCCAGAGCCUGAAAGAUUUAUGCCUGAAAGAUUUUUCUCAAAUAGAAAUAAGAAGGCCGCUGUAGAUCAACAUGUUUUUGGUUGGGGAAGGCUGAAAUGUCCCAGUAUUGAAAUGGCAGAAAAGAUGGUUUUCUAUGCUGUAACAAGACUUAUAGCAAAAUGUAUCAUUGAACCUCAAGGAUUGAAAGGUACUACAGAGUAUCCUUCAUUGGAGGUGAACCAACGUGGAUCCUCUGCUGCACCUGCAGCAUUUCAGAUUCGUAUUGUGAAUCGUGAAAGCGUCUUGGAUUGCUAA